AUGAAUAACGCAACAGAUUUUGGUCACUCCUUCAUUUCUUUGAAAGGUCCAUCGGAAGAAGGAAAAAAAGGCCUUCAACGCCAUCAACCAAACAUUCUUAAUUCUAAUCCGAAAGUCACAACCCUAGAAAAGGCAACAUGGGCUGAUGAAAAACCAAACUUUUCUUCUUCACUCACGUCUGGCAAUGUCAAACGUCUAUUUGUGACCUCGUCUCCCGCUUUUUUAUGCCAUCUUGCCACUAGGGAUGAUGGAGAGGCGAAAAUAGAAAUCCUCCAUCGUCAUCAUCAGGCGAACAUUUCGAAUUCAAUUUUUAAAUUAAAUAUCUUUUCUUUCUGGUUAAUAACACAAACAUUCAGUGUUGCAUUCAUUUGUUUCAGAUCGCAGCACAGAAAAGAACUCUCGGAAUCAUUUUUCCACUCGGGGGUGGUUCCAGGGUGA